CUCCUCCAAAACAUCGGGAUCAACAACACGAACCCUUCCACAUGAGCGCUUCUUCUCCUCUAUACAAACUUUGUAAAGAGUCAAUUCUCCUCAACACCCAGCCUUCUGACCUCUCUACGGUGGGCUGCUACUUGGAUUUCUGCUGAUAGUGAGCAAAGUCGACAGACUCAUUCCGGUUGCUGGAAAAGCAAUCUACUUCACCAUCACUGGCCUGAGAGCCAAGAUGCUCGGCACCACCUAUGUUGACGUGCUCAACUUCCUGCACUAUGAACUCACCCUCCCAGAGACCGAGGAGAGCUGGAAGAAGCGUCAGGAUCUUCUUGUCAAGCUCUCCGAGAUCUUCGACAACCGCAAGGACAACAGCGUCCUCCCCAAAGACUUCGUAGAACGUGUCAAGGCCAUCUUGCCUGACAUUGUCACCACUGCCCUUUCUGAACGGACUACUUUGUCCACUCAAGCCUGCCGCGUCAUCUCCAAAGUGGCACAGCAUCUUGAGACUCAAAUCCAACCUCAGUUGGACAUCCUCCUCCCGCAGCUCAUUGUUCUUUGCGGUUCAGCCAAGGGCGUGAACCAGAAGAACGCCAAUGAAACAAUCAUCAACAUCUGCAAGCAUGCCGGCUACAGCCCUCGCCUUUUCUACCAUGUGUGCUCUGCAAUCAGAGACAAACGCAUCCCUCCUCGUACCUAUGCCCCAGAGUGGCUCCGAAUCCUUCUUACCUCAUACCGCACUCAAAUGGAUCGGGAGAAAGAUGGUGAAGCAGCCAGGAAGGCUAUCUACCAAGGUCUCACCGAUGGACAAAUCAAAGUCCGCGAGAACAGCCGUGCAGUUUACUGGGAAUAUGCCAAAUAUGACGCCCAAGGUGCCCGCAUGAUCAUGGGUGGUCUCAACCCCCAUGCACAAGCUGCCCUUCGUGAAGACUCUCACAACCCAGACAAGUCGGCUGCAAAGGCUGGCAAAGCACCCCGUCCCGGGUCGGCCAUCGCCUCCAUCAAAGCACAAAACAAACAACUCAUGCAACAACGUCGCGGCUUCACUCCUGCCUCGAUCAAACCAGAAGACUUCGUCUUUGGCUCCAUGGAGAGUCUGGAUGCCCCCACAUACAAGAAAUCUGCUCAAAAGGUCGCCGCUGAGACCUCAGGGGAGAGACAAGAUAGACAUGCUCUGGAAACUCCUCAAGCAAGCCAUCACGGCGAACCAACAGGAAGCUCCUGUCAAGGCACUUCCGCCCACUCUCGCAAUGUUAUCUUCAAAUCAUCGAAGGACAACAAGCUUGAGAUCACAAAAGAGCUGAAACCAGCAAGCCCCCAAGUUGACGCUCGCCCGUUGCUCUCGGCACCAGUCAGACGAGGUCGUAUUGUUGCCACCCCCAUGGCCGCACCGACACAUCGUCCUGGUUCCCGUGGAGAGGCUACCAAGAAGCCUGUCGAGCUCAAGGACAAGUCACUGUCCGACAAAUCAUCCGGUCGUCAAACUCCAGUCAACACGGAGAAGGAAUACCUGUCUUCCACCGUCAUCCAUCAUCGUAAGGUGCCAAGUCGCCAUGAUGCUGUCAGAUACGACGAAAAGGACCUUCCCGUCGCCAGUGGGCUUCAGAACCUCAAAAGAAGCGGCCGACAGACCCCUGUUGCCGCCGAUGACAAAGAGCAUUCUGCUCCAUCAUCAACUCAACCUGCCAAGAAGGCUGACCGCCCCAUUACCAUUAUUGCCGAAGACAAGACAGAGCCAGCGCAUGCCAACAUCAUGCCGGCCAAAGAGACUAUAGCUCCAGAGCAAGCCGCCGAAGCACCAUCUCAAUCAGCGGCUCUUCCUCUUCGCCCCGUCAGAGCAUUUGCACCUGAGAAUCAGAGUCUUCCACCUGCUGACCUUACCAAUGACAAAGGCAGCAGUCAUCAUCAUGUUGCCGAGGGUAAAGAAAACUCUUACGUUGUCCGCCCUCGCAAGAAGAGAUCUCCGGGCACAUCACCCCGCCGAUCUCCUAACCGCUCACCACAACGAUCUCCACGUCGCAAUAGUGUUGGGGCGUCGGCCAAGAAAUCCCUUACAGCUGCCAUGGAAUACCUCCGCCGUGGCAGCCUUGACGCCCUGGGCUACCGCAGGCUUAGAAAGCUCAUUGAAAACCACCCGGGGGUCUUGAUCACACGUCAAAGCCAGUUCAACGAGUUGUAUGAACUACUCAUUGGCAAGCUGGCCUCUCUCGAUGAAAUCACUGAAUCACGAGAGAAACGCCUUGAAACCCUCAGUCACCCUGCCUACCACAGACAUACCAUUAUUCUUACUCUAUUCAUUCUUACCCAACAAUAUCCACAAUGGCAGGAGCCGCAACCCGGCAUGACUCUCUCAGCACUCCUCGUGGCCCGAUGCAACCAUAGCUCCGGGUACGUUUCAACAUUACGAGCCAUCGACGACUCGGCAGGCGUGCUUUGCUCCACCACUCCAAACAUACUUCCAUCUAUCGAUGCCGUUCUCGAUACCUUGGAACAAGUCGAACAUAUCAUUACCACGAACGACCCUAUUAUUACACCCACCUCUACCACUACCAUUAUUUGUAACAGCCUACAAAGUCUGGCGUCGGACUUUGGACCUGAACGUCCACGCUUCUCCAACAGACUCCCUAUUAUUAUGGCAUUUGGACUCAAAAUCCUCUGUGUCCUUCUUGGACGCCUCCGUUCCGGCAGCCAAAGUCUCUAUACGAUUCAAGAAGACCGAUUGGCUUCUUUUGCAGAACAUCUCCUUGCCACCUACACCUCUGUCAUCAAAAGAUAUGUGAUGGAGUAUUGCACUGCGCUACAUGCCGUCAUCAAACCAGAGAAGCGGUUCUACCAGUUCUUCAGCAAGGAAUCUGAUCGAAAUCUCAUCCACUACUAUGUUGCUGGCGCUUCCGGCAUGGUAUAUGGCAGUCUGGGCAACACAGGCCGGGUGGUCAUGCCUGAGGAUGACUUCAUCGACGAUGAGAUGGAGCGCGAGCCAUCUACCUUUGAUCCCGGCUCUGAAAUGUCGGCGAACCUCAAGCUCCUGCAAACUGCGGGCAUGGAUCAAGCUAUUGCCGUGCCGCCGGGCAAUCUGACUUCCAUGGGCGAUGACCAAUUGGCCGCCUCGUCCGGCAACUGGCAGAUCCUCGGGACUACAGCCGACGACGCAUAGCAGGCGGCAUUGCCAAAGGCGAUGCCAAACAACUGUAUUAAUAUGGUUAUUCUUUUGGUUAUUAUUGAAGGCAUGCUGCCACUGGCACUCAUGGGAUAGACUUCGUGGGGUGGUGCAUAGGAAUUUGGGGAGGCUUUCUGCUUACAACAAUGUCCUCUCAGGGCAAACAGGAUAUCGGACCUGGGCUGUUAUGAGGGCUGGGGAAUCGUUUGGAGUCAACAGGAGUUUCUGCAUCACGCAUGCCGCCCGGCUAUUAUUUGAUAGGUAUGCGCAAAGCAUACACGGCAAGACACUAUUACUAUUGGUAUUAAUAUUACCAUCAAAGCCAUA